AUGGCAAGGGACUUGAAUCGAGGCAAAGAUACCUGGGACACAGAAAGAGCUGGCAUUAUCGCUUCGAAAUCCAACGGCAAGGCCCUGUACAUGGCCUCAGGCUACGGAACGGACUGCCUACUGUUGCACCCUGGUCGCCUUCCGUCGUAG